AUGUCUGCCAAAGUUAGUCGCCCGCGCAAGAAACGGCGAGCAAAUUCGAUGGGACGACACGCCUCUAUGACCGACAGUAAUAGUGUCAUGUCAACAGAGGCCAGCGGUGGGAGUCCUCUGACUGAGGGUGGCCUCUCAAUGAGCUCGGAUGCAUCUACUACUUGGGGAUUGCAUGCUGCUGCACACGAAAGUCCUUUGCCGUACCAAAACCUUUCACUGAUUAUUAUGGAUGUCCUCGACAACAGCAACUUUGUUGAACAGUGUUUCGUGGAGAAGUUUGUGGAACUGAGCACGAGUUCGAGGUUGGGAAUGAAUCCGAAUCGACCCCGAUCGUGGGUGUUUGCCCUUCCCAACUUGUCAUCGAACACCCAGACUCCUUCUGUAAAAUUUUCUAUUCGAGCUGCGAGCUUGAUCUUCUUUGCAGUUUUCCAGCACAACAAGAGCGCCGAGGUCGAAGCUGUGCGCUGGUAUCUUGCCGGUCUCGAGAGCCAUCGUGGAUUGAUACAGGGUUGCAACGACUCCGGCUCAAAUUCAUUAACGCAGAACAAGUCGACAUCAAGCAGCACAGAUAUAUCAGUGCCAAUGAUGUUUCUCUACUUUGAGACGAUGCGGCGGACGUCCCUUGACGCCUGGGCUCACCACAUUGCGGCGGCCGUCACGAUAGUCGAGGCUCGAGGCCCGGAUCAUUACCGCAUUGGCCAUGAUCACGCCAUGUUUAGGUCUCUUCGCACGUAUGCGGCUUUUAAGGCCCUUCUCAAAAACGACCCUUGCAAUUUCGCUUCGCCGGAAUGGUGUGAAGUACCCUUCACAGACAGCACCAAAAUCCCCUACGAAUUUUUGAUCGACAUCCUCCUCGCUGUUCCCCACCAACUCAAGCUCAUCUUGGUUCCUGGUGGCGACUUCGGAGACUCAAUGCACAGGAUAGCGGACCUCGACGACUCAGACCAGCAGGUGCUAGAAAAGGAGACACUUGUUCUCCUCCAACGUCUACAAAACUGGUGGUGGCAUUUCACCCAGGACACCGGCGUCUAUGUCGGUCGGCUCAGUGCAAACUCGGACCAGGACGCUCUCGACUCACUCACAAUUCAGCCGCCUGUUGGACAGUGUGUAUUUCCUGAUACCUUGACUGCGAAGACCUUCUCGCUGUACAACGCUAUGAUGGUCAUAGUCUACUCUGUGCUGAUGGCUCUCGAGGAACGGAAGCCAUCUUCCGGGAUGAUGUCGCCCAUUCCACGCUACCGUGCUGAGAUCGAACGCCACUCGUCCUCGGUAUUGAUGGCCGCCUGGUUUCAGGACUCGCGGCAUCCUUAUUGCGGCGAUGCGUUGCGGACGGGAUUCUCUCUGAAGAUCGUGUCAUUGUUGGGUGCGGAUCAAGGGCAAAAAGACGAGGCACUUAGGAUGAUGGUCUCGUGGGGGAUGGAAAGCAAAAUUGAAUAG